UAAGGUUUGUGCCGUCUGUGGUUCUCUUGGCACCAUCAAAAUGAGUGAUGCUUUGGGUCCUGAUUUGAUCAGUGACCUUCCUGACGGCAUUAUAGAAACCAUUCUCAUACAUCUUCCUAUAAGAGAUGCUACCCGAACCAGCAUUUUGUCAACAAGAUGGAGGAACAUAUGGUGUUCCAUUAGCCAUCUUGUUUUCGAUGAAAAGUCAUUCCCGAUUUCGGUCGGGAACGGCCACGGCCAGGGCCGGCAACUUCUUCAUGAAAGAGUUGUUAAGUUUAUCUCCAAGGUGUUGCUUGUUCACCAAGGACCUAUUCAUAAGUUCCAAAUUACGCAUAGAAGCUUGCUGACCUUCCUUGAAAUGGAUGAAUGGAUUCUUUUUCUAUCCAGGAAUGGUGUCAAAGAUCUGACUCUUGAUUUCGGAGUUUACGAAUUCUUUAUAAUGCCUACCUGUUUGUUCGAUUGUGAGAAAUUGACUCGGUUGGAGCUCUCGCGCUGCGAGCUGUAUCCGCCAGUUAGUUUUAAGGGAUUUGUGAAUUUGAAGAGACUUGAUCUUAAUCAGGUUUUGAUAUCCUCUAAAGCAAUUGAGAGGCUCGUCUCGACUUGUCCUCUCUUGGAGUGUUUAUCACUUAAACGCUGUGAUUGUUUAGCUCUUACUAUUUCUGCUCCCAAGCUCAAGUAUGUGCAUCUCUAUGGUGAAUUCAAGGACAUUUGUCUAGUUGAUAUGCCGCUUUUGGUUGAACUAUUUGUUUCUAUGUAUAUGCCUCAUGAUGAUCUUGAUCUUGAACAAAGUUCAAAUUGCAAUUUUGUUAAGUUUCUUAGUGGUGUGCCAAAUCUUAAGAGACUUGAUGGAUUUGUGCACUUCACAAAGUAUUUGAGCAUAGGUAAUGACCCAAGGCAUCAUGCAAUGAUGUACAACAAUUUGGAGUGUAUUCAAAUGGGUCCGGUAAGUUUUAAGGACAAGAAAGAGAUACUCGUAGUUCUUCGCUUGAUUAGAAGCUCUCCCAAUCUAAAGGAACUUCACAUUUCAGGUAUGUCAGACAUACAAGUUUCUACAUAUACAGAAGAUUUGGAUUUUUGGGAAAAAGAAUACCCCUCAGAUUCUAUACUUAGUAAGCUUAAAGUUGUGGAAUUGAAAGAAAUGAGUGGUGUUCCAUGUGAGAUUGAGUUUAUCAAAUUUUUGCUUGGCUCUUCACCUGUCCUUGAGAAAAUGUUUAUCAUUCCUUAUAUAGGCAAUAGGGAAUAUCUGUUGCAAAUGUCGGCCAAAUUGAUGGAAUUUCGAAAAGCAUCUACUAAAGCCGAAAUUUAUUUCACCUGUCCAGUGUAUCCAAUCCGUGUUUCUCCAGGAUUUCGAGACUAGGAAGAACGGAAACCUUCUGCUGUCCUCCAAAGAAAGAUUUUUAUGCAAUUUGGAAGAAGAGAAUGCGUCCGUCACAGUUAGGAUAUUGUAAAAUUUAUUUUAUAUUAUAUAUGAUUAUUUAAGUCAUUUCUCAUGAUCAGUUUAUAAUCUUAGAGUAUCUCUUAGGAAUAGAUUUAAUUCUCAAAGCAUGGAGUUUCGCCGGGCGAAGAUCCUAUCCAGUUUAUAAUAUGGUUUGUUCGAUCAAAAACAUGUGUACAAUUGAUAAUGUUUUGUCUCUAAUGACUAA